AGCUUUACAAAAUGGAUCCUAAGGCAGGAAGCAGAAACGAUUGGUGUGUCAUUGGGCAAGAGUUGUACUGUCGUGAUACUUGCGGGAGAAUAUUGUGGUGUGAUCCACGGCGUUUGGAUUGGAAGGAAGUCAAGGGUUUGAAAGAGCUGCAAGAUCACGACCAUCUCUCUCGUAUGAGACGUCGGUGGGGUCUGGCAAAGAUCACCAAGGCCAAAUAUGAUAUCCUGUUGUCUGGCAAU